UCACUACCAAAUUUAGCAAGAUGUUUUCUUUAAAAUCUAUCGUCCUUGUUGCUGCCGCUUUUGCCAUUAGUGCAGAAUGUAGUGCAGUGGCAGUGCCCGCAGCUGUAGCGGCUCCCUUAACAGUGCCUGCUCACGUUGGCUACGCUCAUGCUGUGCCUCAGAACAUUCCUCCAUAUGCAUCUCAAGUCAACGUGGUCAACAGGGCAGCUUACCUCGCUGCGCCUGUUGCGGCACCAGUGGCUGCAACCUUCGCUGCUCCAGUGGCAGCUUCGGUUGCAGCUCCCCUUACCGCCCCAAUACCGGCACCAUUCACGGCUCCAGUACCUGCACCCUUCACGGCUCCAGUACCUGUACCGUUUGCAUCACCGGUCGCUGCCCCAUUCUCUGCACCAGCAGUUGUACCUGUCUCGGCACCAAUAGCGGCACAAUUCCCUUCACCUAUUCCUACCCGUUUUGCUGCUCCAUUUGCCGCGUCUCCAUACAUCGCUGGCCCCGCGCCUUUCUAUCCUGCACCGGUACCAUACACACUGCCUGCCUCUGCGCCUUUCCCGGUGCCAUACGCCCCAGCAUUCGUCCGAUAGCAUUAAGAAAACAUCAAACACCUUCCUUUUCAUAAGACUGUUGCAUA